AUGAGGAGGGCAGCAGCGUCUUCCGAUGGCUUGUCGGACAGCGAUCUUGCUAAGAAAAUCAUGUACCACAAUCACAGGAAGAAGAGGGAGAGCAUGCGAUACCAAAUCAUUGCUGCUGAAGAAUGCGAGGCCCUCGCAAAGAGAAUAGAAGAUAAAUAUCCCGAUAGGUUUUCCUUCCACUCAAGCAAAUGGCAAAAGUUCCCUGAUGGAACAGAUAAUAUUGAGAUUGGAGGAUUUUCUCCACACAACCUAAUUGCGGGAGAAGACGUCCUGUUUUUGGCCAGCUUUCACAACAACGAUGCCACUUUGAGCCAGUUUCAAGUCAUGAUUUGCCUUCUUCAGAGCUUCAUUGAAUCCUUGACGGUGGUGCUCCCCUAUUCCCCGGUGGGAACUAUGGAACGCGUAGUCCAGGAAGGACAGGUUGCCACUGCCGCUACCUAUGCACACAUGUUCUCAUCCCUCCCCAAUUGCGGAAGACCCACUCGUCUCAUGGUAUAUGAUCUACACACACUACAAAAUCGAUUCUAUUUGAGUCGUAAUGCUGUGGCUUCUCUGCAGACAGCUAUCCCGCUUCUGAAAGAAAGAAUGGAAGAAGCCAAAAUCAAUUGUGUCGCAUUCCCAGAUGACGGCGCUGCUAAAAGAUUUGCAGCCAUGUUUGAGGACAUGGACAUUGAAGUCAUUGUCUGUGGCAAGACAAGGGGCGAGGGAGACACCCGAUAUGUUGUCAUCCAAGAUGGAUGUGCCAAGGACAAGAGAAUCGCCAUUGUAGAUGAUCUUGUGCAGACAGGUGGUACCCUGUAUGAAACGGGCAAAGUCCUCAAGGAGGCUGGAGCUGCAUCUGUGAAUGCUUUUGUGACUCAUGGAGUAUUUCCGAAUGAUAGCUGGAAGCGGUUCAACAAGGGAGGGGAUCGAGCAUGCUUUGACAAAUUCUGGGUCACAAAUUCUAUCCCGACAGUGACGGAUAAACUUCCUGAGGAGGACGGUGUAUUUGAGGUCCUUGACCUCAUGGAUUUGAUCAUCAAUGACCUCGACCAUUAUUCCGGCAGCAGGUAA